AUGAGCACAACCACAUCCAUUGCCACGGCCACCGGUGCCCUAACCUCCGCGACCUCCACCGAAACAUGCACCCACCCCCAGCCUGGCAAAAAUGGCUAUCUGCCGCCAGAAGCAUGCGACGCAAUCUUGAUGUACGUGCCGUCGUUUGCAGCAGCCAUACUCUUCUGUGUCUUCUUCGGCUUCACCACCAUCUGCCACCUCGUACAAGCGGUUAUCUACAAGAAGAGAUACGCCUGGGUAGUAGUCAUGGGCGCCCUUUGGGAGCUCCUAGCCUUCAUCUUCCGCGCCCUCCUCACGCGUAAACAAAACAGCGACAUCUACGACACCAUGUACACAAUCUUCUUUUUACUGGCGCCGAUCUGGAUCAACGCCUACCUCUACAUGACCCUAGGCCGGCUCAUCCACUUCUUCCUCCCGACCCGCCGCCUCGCCAACCUCACCUCCACGCACUACGCCCGCCUCUUCGUCUGCCUCGACAUCGUGGCCUUUCUCGUCCAGCUCGCCGGCGCCUUCAUGACCACGGGCGAGGACCAACCGCAAACCACCAUAAUGCGAGGCCUGCACAUCUACAUGGGCGGAAUCGGGAUGCAAGAGUUCUUCGUGCUGAUCUUCACGGGUCUGACCAUUUACCUGCACCGGAAGAUGCUGUACAUGGAGCGCGACGGCACCCUCGACAUGGAGCGCGUGCACCGCGCGGCCGGACCGUUCCGACCGACCUGGAAAAGACUGCUGGCCGUGAUGUACCUCGCGCUGGGGCUGAUCACGGUGCGCAUCGUGUUCCGGCUGGCGCAAUACGCGCGCGGCACGGACGUCAACAACCCCGUGCUGACGCACGAGUGGUACGAGUAUGUGUUCGAUGCGGUGCCCAUGUUCGUGGCGCUGGUGGGGUUGAAUGUCGUGCAUCCCGGGCAGGUGCUGAUGGGGGAAGGGUCGGAGUUUCCGCGGUUGAGUCGGAGGGAGAAGAAGGCCUUGAGGCGGGAGAAGAAGGAGCGCAAGCGGGAGGAAAAGAUGAGAAGGAAGCUUGGGGAAGGCGAGUCGUUUGAGGAGUUGGGGGUGCUGGAGGGGGGACAUGCGGGCAUGCGGAAGUAG